ACAAAAUAUAAGCUUUCUGCAAAAAGUGAGGCUUUGAGAGAUUUUUCAGAAAACAAAGAGUUGUAAGAGAAAUGGCAACUUUCCCAGUGAUCAACUUAGAGAAGCUUAAUGGUGAGGAGAGAGCAACAAUCAUGGAGCAAAUCAAGGAUGCGUGUGAGAAUUGGGGAUUCUUUGAGCUGCUGAACCAUGGGAUUCCCCAUGAAUUUCUGGACACUGUUGAAAGAUUGACAAAAGAGCAUUACAAGAAAUGCAUGGAGCAGAGGUUUAAGGAAUUGGUAGCAAGCAAGGCCCUGGAAGGUCUCCAGGCCGAGGUUACUGAUAUGGAUUGGGAAAGCACAUUCUUCUUACGCCAUCUCCCUGAAUCAAACAUGGCUGAAAUCCCAGAUCUCGCCCAUGAAUACAGGAAAGUGAUGAAAGAGUUCGCACUGAAAUUGGAGAAACUAGCAGAGGAGCUUCUCGACUUGUUGUGCGAGAAUCUUGGACUGGAAAAGGGGUACUUGAAAAAGGCUUUCCAUGGGACAAGAGGUCCAACAUUUGGAACCAAAGUUAGCAACUACCCACCAUGUCCAAAACCUGAUAAAAUCAAGGGACUCCGAGCCCACACCGAUGCUGGUGGCAUCAUCUUGCUCUUCCAAGACGCCCAAGUGAGCGGCCUCCAGCUUCUAAAAGACGGCCAGUGGGUGGAUGUUCCCCCUAUGCGCCACUCCAUUGUAAUCAACCUAGGGGAUCAGCUGGAGGUAAUCACCAAUGGCAAAUACAAGAGCGUGGAGCACCGAGUGAUUGCUCAAACCAACGGAGCUCGCAUGUCGAUAGCUUCAUUCUACAACCCUGGAAGUGAUGCCAUUAUCCACCCAGCACCGGCUCUGGUGGAGAACAAACAAUUGUACCCCAAAUUUGUGUUUGAAGACUACAUGAAGUUAUAUGCUGGGCUGAAAUUCCAGGCCAAGGAACCAAGAUUCCAAGCCAUGAAAGCCAGGGAAACAACUCUUCCCAUUGCAACUGCUUAAAAUUCCUAAGCUCCUCUUAUCUUUAGUGUGGUGUGUGAACAAAAAAUUCCAAACUAGUCAAGAGUUCAGUGUCAUUGGUCUGUGUUGAUUAAUUAUUAAUGUAAACAUCAAGAAAGAAAUUCUAAUAUAUUUUAUUAUUUAGGGUAAA